AUGAGAAAAAGAGCGCAGAUAAAAGAUGGCAUCUACAGUUAUGUGUACAUCUCCAAGGACUACGGGCUGCUGAUCACGAUGAUCACGAUGACAAUCAUUUGGGGGACGGUGCCCGCGGUAGUGGCGGUGCUGACGGGCCGUGUGUUUGAUGUGAUGCAGCAGCUGGCGCAGAUGAAGUACAAUACACAGGCGGAGUUUCUGCACGUGCUGCUGGUACGCUCGCUCGAGUUGGGCUCGGUGGGGCUCGUGCAGAUCCCGGUGCAGUGGAUAGCAAUUACGUCGUGGAUGCUUCUGGGCGAGCGGCAGUCGCUGCGCAUCCGGCGCGAGCUGCUGCGCUCCUACCUGGCGAAGCCGAUGCAGUGGUACGACAAGAUCGAUGACAUCAACGGCAUGUACACAAUCACGAACAGGUGCGUGGAGGAGGCGCGUGCGAGCUGUGCCGAGGCUUCCGGCGUGCUGUUCCAGAGCGCGGUGACGGCUCUGAUUCUCGCGGUGACGGCGUUUAAGUUCUCCGCGAAGCUGACCGUCGUGACGCUUGCAGGUGCACCGCUGCUCGCCCUGCUCACGGUUGUCUUUUCGAAGUUUGUACAGAAGUAUGCGGCCUUGGAGAACGAGCAGACGUCCAGUGCGUCCUCUACUCUUUCGUGGGCCUUGAAUUCGGCGACCAUGGUGAAGCUUUUUGGGACGCAGGAUCUGGAGCUGCGGAAGUUCAACAAAGCAGUCAAUUUAUCCAAGAAAUACUUUGUGCGGACUCUCAUAUGCUCCUCUAUAAACCAGGCCGCCAUGCGCUUCCUCUCCCUAAUGAUGUUUGUUCAGGCGUUUUGGUACGGAUCGAUUCUGAUUCAGCGGGAUGAGGUGGAGACCGCGGCCGUAAUCACGGUCUUCUCUGCGUCUGUUCUCCUUUCUUCGUCCAUUAACGCGAUGCUAUCAAAGGUGGUCCUGUUGCAGAAGGGGAAGGUGGCUUGCCGGCAGAUUGCAGAAGCGGUGAAUGUUGAGCCGGAGGGCAGGCCGAACCAGUACGCAUUUCCCUAUGAGGUGGGCCAUAUAAUUGCAUUGGAGGACCAGCCUUCAGAAAUAGUGUUUGAUCAGGUUUCCUUCAACUACCCAGCAAGGCCAGAUACCAAGGCGCUAGACGGAGUCUCUCUCACGUUUAGACCGAACCAGAUAACUUUUAUUGUGGGGAAGUCCGGCUCGGGAAAAUCAACGCUGGGCAAUCUGCUCCUCAAGUUCUACAGCGAUUACGAAGGUAUCAUAACGGUCAACUCAACCAACUUGCGCGGAAUAGACAGAUCAUGGCUGUUGCAGAAUAUCACGCUGGUCGAGCAGUCAUGCACUUUGUUUAAUGGUACUUUGUUUGAAAACAUCACACUUUCCGCGAAGCCCGUGAAUAAAACAGCCGGCGCUGUUAAGAGAGCAUGCCAGAUGGCUCUGCUCGAAAAACUCGUUUUCGACCUUCCAGAAGGACUUCAUACCAAAGUGGGUAGUGGCGGCAUUAGUAUGAGUGGUGGCCAACAGCAGCGGGUGGCAUUGGCCAGAGCAAUUUUGAGAGACGCUCCUGUGCUGAUCCUCGAUGAGGCUAUAUCUGCAUUAGACAUAAUACAUCGGGACCUGCUUAUGGAGGUUAUUCGCAGUUGGAGGGCCGAUAAGACAACAAUUAUUUUGACCCACGAACUAUCACACGUGUUGGAUGACGAUUAUCUUUAUAUGAUGGAGCACGGUCAGGUGAUCGAGCAGGGAUAUAAGUCAGAGCUACUUUCAAACCCUAAUAGUAGAUUCCGCGCAUUGAAUAGGCUUCAAAAUUCGAAGAAUGAGCGGGCUCUUGAGGAGAGAAGAAGCUUUGCCAUCGAGAAUAAAUUGGAGCAGGAAGAUGAUGCUAUAUCUUCUACAUCCGCAGGCGAUGAUAAAUUUGAUACGAUAGGAUCUAGGAUCUUUUCUGCCAGAUUGAGUGCCUUUUUUAAAGACGGUAUACCUCAAGACAAUACCCUUUAUUCCUCUCCUCGCAGGGCUCGUAGGAGACGGGUGGUCCAGUCGGCGUCGAUCGAGCUAAAGGAUUUCGACUUAGAAGUGCAAGAAGAGCAGGCCGAAACCCCACCUGUCAUGCUAGCGCUUCGGACUCUCAUGCUUAAAAUGUUUGCUCGGGUGAAGAUUCCCCCUCUGGUUGCUGGUAUAGGAGCGGCAUUACUAUCCGGAGUUGCCAACCCAGCUUUCUCAUACACAUUUUCCAGGUUAUUGGAUGGUCUACUUUACGUACCAGGGCGCCAUAUUGAGUCUUCUUACUUAUUGAAAUGGUCAUUGGUUGUUAUUGGGAUCGCCAGCUUUGACGCUGUGUUCAACUUCCUGCAGCUGUUCCUGCUGGGCUUUGUAAGUGAGCAGUGCGUCAGACAGCUACGUGGAAAUAUGAUGCAAUUGGUCCUAAAGCGGGAUCUUCACUGGAUUUCACAAAAUAAAUCGUCCGAGAUUACCGCACUUACUAUGAACGAUCUCAGAGAUUUAAGAAAUGUUACUUCGAUACUGUUGAGUUCUUUGACGUCCCUCUGCGUCCUUGCCAGUGUCGGCCUUAUAUGGGCAAUUGUGAUUGGGUGGAAGCUUACUCUAGUAUGCUUGUCACUUCUGCCAUUAUUCAUAGGGGUUAUUACCCUAUAUGGAAUGUUUGUACAGAAGUCCGAAGUUCAGUACAAGACUGCUGUUUCACAACUGGAGAACUUGCUCUCAGAAAUUGUGAAAGGAGUUAAAACGAUCAAGUGUCUACAAUUGGAACCAUAUUUUCAGGGCCGUUAUGCGACGAUGGAAAAAUACCUGAAGAAGCAAAUGCGGCGAAGAUCAAUCUUGUAUGGCUCAGGUCUCGCUAUAACCUCCUGUUUGGUUAUAUUAUUACAAACCAUUCUCUACUACUAUGGUAUUAGAUUAGUUGUGACCGGGGAGUACGACUCCAAGCAAUUAUUCCAAACCUUUACCUUGAUCCUUUUCACUACCAUGAGCAGCGUUGGCCUUCUUUCUGCGCUACCCUCAUCUUCACGCGGCCAGAGAGCAGGAACUUUCGUAUUUGGUAUGUUGGAGGAACCUCUGCCAGAACCCGACAACUACUCGGCGGUCUUGCGGAAAGCCCCAACUAACCACUUUUCGAGAGAGCCGUUGGUGGUACUUCGGGCUCUAAACUUUGCGUAUCCCGCAGCAAAAGAUGUCCAAAUCUACAAGAAUUUCAACCUGCGCAUUAACCAAGGUACCAAGGUAGCGAUUGUCGGUGAAUCCGGUUCCGGAAAGUCUACACUUUUCUAUCUAAUAUGUGGACUCUAUCCGGUCAAGCCUGCAUCCCUUUUCAUUGAUGGGACUGAUAUCUGCAACUGGGAGAUGUCAGCCCUCAGAAAAAUAAUUGCAGUCGUCGAACAGAAACCAAGGUUUUUUAAUGGAACUAUUAGGGAAAACCUUGUAUAUGGGCUAGAGGGGACUAUCACGGAUAACGAAAUAUAUGAGGUUUUGGCUGAAGUCCGCAUCAUCAAUUUCGUCCGCAGCUUGCCUGAAGGUUUAGAAACGCGUGUUGACACAAAUUUGGUCUCUGGAGGCCAGCUGCAGAGGCUGUCAAUAGUGCGGGCGUUGUUGAGGAGGCCAACACUGUUGAUUCUGGACGAGUGCACCUCGGCUCUGGAUGCGGCGAAUGCCAAUGCGAUCGCCAAUGUCGUGAGAAACUCAUUGCAUGACAUUACGGUGAUUGUCAUAACCCACAGCAAGCAGAUGAUGAAGAUGUGUGAUAGAAUCGUAGUCUUGAAGAAUGGGGCUGUGGCCGAGGAUGGAUCCUUCGACGACUUAUUUAGAGCUCGCGGAGAAUUGCAUAGAAUGGUUACCACCACAGCCGGCUGA